UCCGCGCGCUGAGUUCUUGCUGCAUAGAUACAUAUCAGAAAGGAACACCUGCUCGCUGUCGCUGGCUGCGAGGGCUCGGAAACGUGGGCGCGCAAUAGUCGCUGAGUCGCGCCUUUCCGCUUUCGCUGGAACUUCAGGGGCAUGCAGGCCCACCUUCAGUCUCGGCCGGUGGCCUUGCAACAACGGGCGAGGCCUGCAGCACAGUUUCCAUCGCACGCCGGGGCCUUGGGGAGGUCGCGCCGGAGACAGGCGGUGGUAGUAUCGGCACGGCACAAAGUAGAUCAAAAUGCGAAGGACGAUGCUUAUAACCGGAACAUGCAGCGUGAAAUGGGCUGGAGCCACCUCAACCCGUACGAGUACCACUGGGACCGCGGCCUGUACUACCACGAAAUCAUUCCCAACCUCAUUUGUGGCACACAGCCCCGCAAUGCCGGCGAGGUGGACACGCUGGCGGACAACGAGGGCAUCACACACAUCCUGAACCUGCAGGAGGACAAGGACAUGCACUACUGGGGCGUCAAGAUUGAGGACAUCCGGCGGGCCUGUGCCAAACACUCCAUCAACCACAUGCGCCGGCCGGCCAAGGACUUUGACAAGGGCAGUCUGCGUAAGGCCAUCCCGGGGGCUGUACACACACUGGCGGGAGCCAUGGCGGGAGGCGGCAGGGUGUACGUGCACUGUACGGCGGGUCUGGGCCGCGCGCCGGGCGUGUGCAUCGCCUAUCUCUACUGGUUCACAGACAUGCAGCUGGAUGAGGCCUACUCGCACCUCACCACCAUCCGCCCCUGCGGCCCCAAGCGCGACGCCAUCCGCGGCGCCACCUACGACGUCCUGGUCGGCUCCGGCGUGCCCCACAACGCCCACAACAGCAACGGCCACCACGGCCACCACGGGGGACACGGCGGUCACGGCGGGCCGCAGGUGGCGCACGCGCCGCCGCUGCCGUUCGAGUCGCUGCCGGAGCAGGCGUAUGCGACGCUGUCGGAGGACGACCGGUUCGCGCUGCAGUACCGCGUGCUCAAGGGGCUGUGCUGAGCGAAGCUGGGGCGAGCUGGGAGCUGCGGUGCUGAGGGGGCUGCGGUGAUGUGGCUGGGGUUGCUGAGCCUGCUGUGCUGAGUGUGCUGAGUGGCAAGGUGGGGUGUGUGCUGUCCUGGGUAGCGGAUUGCUGUGUAGCAGGUUGGUAGCGGCUGGGCUGAUAGCUGGGGCCGGAGUGCAGGAGGCCGUGUGUUCGGCGCUGCGCUCCCGUGUUUGUACAGUUUGUGGGAUCAGGCGUGUUGUCGAUGCACACCCGUUCAUUGUUUCGAAUGAACUGCAAUACAUCAAACCCCUUCGAGCCCAGGGCUGCUGUUAGGCUCUGCACUCGUGGAGGUGUUGCUGUGGCGUGUGUCUGCAAUCUCACAUGGCGACAAGUUGUCGAACUACAUUACAAGUUUGAAGGGCCAUAGUGUGAUGGGUCGGGCUGUGUGCAGUGGGUGUUGCGGCGUACUGGCGUGGACGCGAACGUGUCCGAAUCCUCGUUGCAUGUGGGCGGCGGCGCUGUCAUGUGUCGCACAUGCGACGAACGGGUGUCAGGUGUGAAGUGUAUAGCAGAAAUGAGCAAACCAGUGUCCUGGGUCAUGGUCAUGUAUGUAUGAUCCCGGAGUAAUGAGCCCUUGUCAAAUCGGUUUUCGUCAGUCGGUUCGGUUGGGGUCUGGAUUCCUAUCCCCCCAUGUACAAUCCACCCCAUCAUCAGUACUACGCAUUGCAGUCAAAAGUCUACCGUUAUGGGAGCCUUGUAAGGACUUGGAUAC